CGUGCGCGUUAUGGGGAGAAGCGUGACCUUCUUAAGCCGCUCGGCCGUCGGUUUACUAAUAAAUGACCGUUUCCCUGCGCUUUUGGGCCGGUUCUAAUUAUCCUCGCGUCCCAUCCGGACACUGGAACCCAAGGAGGGCAGGACUUCUCCUUCCGCCGACUUUUGUUUUUCCAGCAUUACAGUGGAAUGAGCGCGCGGACAGAGCCUGCCCCUCACCCCGCCCCCUCCCUCCAGGGGACGUCCCCACCCCGGCUAAGAGCCGCCCUGGCGCCGCGCCCGCGGCUGACGUCAUACUGUAGUUUGCUCCUAGGCCUGCGAGACACGCCAAGGCAGUUUUAGUUCUAUCGCGCAGCCGAUCUUCUACACUGCCCUCAUUUUUUCACCAGACGUCGAGCUGACAGCGUGACUGCUCAAGGCGCAGAAGGAUGAACACCUCAGCUAUGUAUCCCCCGCCUGCUGGACCUGCCGUCAACUACGCAGGACCUGUUCCGGGAGCAGCUAUGUAUCCCCCUGCCGCCGUCGCGGCCCAUGCACCCAACAUGCCCACCAACAUGCCCACCAACAUGCCCACCAACAUGCCCACCAACAUGCCCAACUACGGCAACGUGGCAGGAGGUUAUCUGCCCCCCCCCAUGCCAACGGCGCCCAUAGUGCCCCCCGAAGCCAGCUCUGUGCCCACUGACUGGAGCAUCCCCUCCCUGUCCGAGGAUGCGGCCCGUGCUGCCUUCAAGGACUUUGCGUCGUCUCACUGCUGCUACAGCAGUUCACCGGCUGAGCAGGGAGUCAUCACCAGCAUGGAGCCGCACAACACGUACCGGUACCGGCUGGAGACCUUUACUGAGUCCAGGUCAACCGACUGGGCCUACAAACCGCAUGAAGGUGAGGCUCCUGAUGCCAACACCCAGCCCUCCCCUCAGCCCUGGGAGGUCAAGGCUUCGACCCCCACCCUCUUCACCGAUCGCACGGAGAAACUUCGGAUCCCCUUCACCUCCUCCGUCAAGGACUGUCACACCUGCCAUGCCACAGGGAAGGAGCCGUGUGAUACAUGCAAAGGAAAUGGAUCCAAGCCGUGCUCUUCCUGUAGCAGCUCUGGGAGGAUUGGUGAAGGGCAGUGCACCAGCUGUAACGGCACAGGCAAUAAGAAAUGUUCAGACUGUGACAGUCACGGAAUGAAGAACUGUAAAACCUGCAAAGGAAAACGCAAGCUGCUGGCUUACAUCGAAGUCAAAGUGGAGUGGACCAACCACGUGGAGGACUACGUGACAGAGCAGACGACUGGUCUGACUCCCGAGAACCUGAAAGCAGCACAUGGGAAGGAGCUGUUCAAGAACAGCCAGUUCCUGCUUUACCCACUGAUGGGCUUCCCACACCCAGCCAUCGCUGAGGCCUCGCAGCGUAUGAUCCAGGAUCAUCAGGGCAAAUACGGCCAGACCUCCAGGAUCCUGCAGCAGAGGCAGACGGUUGAGCUGAUCCCCAUCACUAAGGUGACCUACGCCUGGAAAGCCAAGUCCCACAGUUACUUGGUCUAUGGCAACGACAACCGGGUCAGCGAUGAUAACUAUCCCGAUACCUGCUGCUGUGUCAUCCUGUAAACACGCCCCGUUCCUCAUUCUGAAGAUGAGUCUGUCAUUUAGCCAGUGUUUAUCAUUCAUGCUUGUUAGCCUAUGACCCCCAGCCGUGCUAGUGUAAAACCCUUCCAGGUUCUUGAAUCAUUAUUUCUUUAGAGAAUCCACUGUAUGUAUCUGUAUGACCUAAAUGUUUGCUAGCAUGAACUUUGAGCCUGAGGACCACUGUACUGAGCUGGUGGUUGCAGUGUCGAACCGUGCCACUAGGUGUCGCCAGAUCUCACACACUGCCUCUGAAAUAUUAAACCUAAUAUUUGUUGUACUCUGAGUUUUGUAUUGUAAAAGCGAGACUUUAGGAGGAUCAAUAAAUGCAGAUUAUUAUCUGAUCUCAAACAUAAAUAGAAUUAUUAACAUUUAAACUAUUGAGUGUUGCAUACUAUGCUAUAUAAUACAGUAAGUGCCAUUACACAGUUGUCAUGUAGCUAAUCCCUCUGACAGUCUUAUAAGUUUGACCUACUGUACUGAACAGUUUGAUUCAUAUUUUUGAGGAUUUAUUUUCAGGCCUUUCUUUGAUCUGUGCAAAUAUGUGUCAAAUCUCAAAAACCUGCUAUAAAACCUGACUUUUGGGCAGUAGAUCUACAACAAAUGCCCCAAGCUAGUUUGAAUGUUUCGUCUGCUCAGGUUCUGUCAGACCCACAUUUUAAGCUGACUGUUUAAUGGCAAAAACACCGGCGUCGUCUUAAAACUGCCCCUCCUGUAGGGGGCGCCCUGUGCUCUGUGCAAUCGCUCAGAUGUUGAACAACAUAGCAUGACAAAACCUUUAUGGGUUUGACUGGAAUGUUUAAAUAAUUACCUAUUAUAAGACUUUAGCUUUUUUAAUAUAAUAAAUAAUGUUUGUUUACAAAGAAACAAGCAUUUUUUACUUUAGACUGUCAUAGUUUUUAUUUAGUUUUCAUCAGUUGACUGAUUCUGCUUAGAUGAAAAUUCUGUGGUGCUUAUCAUUUUAAAUAGAAUUGAAUAUAAAUGCCUUAAAACAACAUUGUAAUUAACAGCCACCUCUUCUACUAACCUGAUGUUAUAACAUUGUGGUAACAGUGUUAUAACAUAUAUGUUAUAACACAUAUGGUAAUUAAUUGUAUGUUACUGUUAAAACUGAAAGUAAACUAAACUGAGAUUCA